AUUAAAAAUAAAAAAUUAUCCAACGGUGGAGGAACAUUCAUGCGCGGAAACACGGAGCCGCUCACACCCAAGACAUUGGAAUCUUACACCCUCCCAUACAAACAAAAAAGUACACUGCCCUCUGAAACAAACACACACACUCACGCUCCUUCACGUCUCUCUCCCACUUGCUCUUAACUCAACCACAGUUAACCAAACCACACUUCUCCUUCUUCUUCCCCUUUAUUUAUAUCCCAACUUCACCUCAAUUCGCAUUCUCCUAUCCCAUUAUUCCUUAACCAUCAUAGUUAAAUUUUCUCAACCCCUCUUUCUAUUAACAUAUAUUAUUUCUCUUCUCUUUCAUGCGAGAGUGAUUAAUCUGAUUAAUACAGAAACAUGAGUUGCAAUGGUUGCCGAGUUCUUCGCAAAGGUUGUAGCGAAACAUGUAUUCUUCGACCUUGUUUACAAUGGAUCGAAACACCAGAAGCUCAAGGCCACGCUACUGUUUUCGUAGCUAAAUUCUUCGGUCGCGCUGGUCUCAUGUCUUUCAUUUCCAACGUCCCUGAACCACAAAGACCAGCUCUGUUUCAGUCUCUAUUAUUUGAAGCGUGUGGAAGAACGGUUAACCCUGUGAACGGUGCGGUGGGGCUAUUAUGGACUGGAAACUGGCACGUGUGUCAGGCAGCGGUUGAGACGGUUCUUCGAGGCGGUGUUCUUCGACCUUUACCGGAGCUGACACUCAUGGACGCGCCACCUGUUGCUGCUGAUGAAGCAUCUGAGGCGGAAGACGGUGGUGUUGACGCCAUUUGGAGGAUCCGAGAUCCGAAUCCGAAUUUCCGGUUCACAAGCUCACGAUCUAAUAAUAAAGUCUCAUCUGGAGUUAAACGCCGACGAUCGGAGGAGUUUGUAAAGGUUCCACCGGCGACUAAUCUUGAUCUUAGGCUUACACCUAUUUUCCUGCAGAAAGAGAUGGAGAAUCGUCUACCGGGUUCUCCGUCGAUGAAUUCGGAGGAAUCCGUGACGACGACGGCGUGUUUGGAGACUGGAAUUGCAGAUCGAUUGGCUCACGGUGGUGAACGGAAAGUUCUCAACCUUUUCAUAUGAGAACUCUCUGUGUUUCUAUUGCGCGUGUGUCUCACGCGCGUUUUGUAACCUUCUGAUCACAAUACUCAUUGUGGUGAAGAGGGAUAAAACGGUUUUGUAGUUCGGUGAGUUUUCGUGAGUUACCGGUGGUUCAGGAUUUCUCUUGAGAGAAAGAUGAUGGUUCGUCGGUGAUUUUUUUUUUCUUCACUUUUUUUUCUUGUUUAUCCAAAUAUGAGACAUGUAAACCUGUAACUGUUGAAAUUUUAAAUCAAAUAUAAAUAAAGAGUAGCUUUUUUAAUA